UCAUCGCUGGCGGCCAAGGACAAUAUCCGAUUAUUAGCGAUGACACCCAACCAGUCGACGGACCACGAAACCAAAUCAUCGUGGACUGUGUAAGCAGCCAUCGCCAUGAAGGUCAUCGUCACGGGCUGCACCGGCCUUGUCGGCAGCGCCCUCAUCCGACAAUGCAUCGCCAACGACGACAUCUCGCACGUUUUCGCAAUCUCGCGAAAGCCGCUCGACGAAGCCGUUGCCAAGAGCCCAAAAAUCACGGUAAUUCUCCACGACGACUUCUCCACCUACUCAACGCAAUUGCUCGACAAGGUCAGGGGGGCUGAGGGCUGCCUCUGGGCGAUCGGCGGGAGAGCGACCCAGUUCCCGGACAUCGAAACGUACAGAAAGGUGCAGGUCGACUACACAGUCGCCGCGGCGAAUGCAUUCCGCGAGACCCUGGCACCGCUGCUCGCCGCUGGCGGCCAGUUCCGCUUUGUCUUCUGCAGCGGCAAGUUCGCCGAAUGGGAUCAGUCGAAGCCCCUCCAUUUCAUGGCUGACACCCGUCGCGUCAAGGGUCUAGUGGAACAGCAGCUAUGUCAAGUCGCCGAUGCGGACACGGCGAAGCGUUUUGUGGUUUACUGCGCCCGCCCGAGCGGCAUUCUCCCUCCUGACGCCGGCCUUGCUGCGAGGCUCUCGGGGAAGCUAUAUGGUGCUAUCGACGUGGAUCAUUUGGCCAACGCCCUGAUCCGAGUCCUCCUGGAGGGCUACAAGGAUCGAAUCAUCGAGAACCGCUCGUUGUUGGCGCUCUGAUCCGCCAGAUCUCAAGCCAAAAAUCUGGAAACGUCUUGUCUUGUAGUAUAAAGGUUCGGGGCUUACUUGAAUCGCUCGGUCGGCUGAAGGCCCACCUGUGCGCCUGGCUCUGAAUAUCAAACACAAUGCCUGAUUAUUUCUUCAAGGUGUGCGGUCACGAUCGAGCGGUAGUUGAACAAGGUAUGUGUAAUUAAUCAUGCAAUGCCGGUUGAUCAUAUCCCAAAACAAGGAAGCAUGCGGGGAGAGAUACCCCCUUCCUCUUACAGCACACCACACUACUCUCACGGAUUACACCAGUCUCGUGUGCGU